GUGGAACUUCAACUUCAUCCAACAAAUCUGGAUGCGAAAAACGUCAGCAGAGAGGGGUUCGAGAAAUGUGACAUCUUUACUGGAGAAUGGGUUCCUAAUCCUGAUGCGCCUUAUUACACGAAUAAUACUUGCUUUAGUAUCCAAGAGCAUCAGAACUGUAUGAAAUUUGGUAGGCCUGAUGAUGGGUACUUGAAAUGGAGGUGGAAGCCUGAUGGAUGUGAGUUGCCAAUUUUUGACCCUCAUGAGUUCUUGGAGCUUGUAAGAGGCAAAUCUUUAGCUUUUGUUGGAGAUUCCAUUGCAAGAAAUCAUAUGCAGUCACUUGUUUGCCUCCUAUCAAGGGUUGCUUAUCCGAUGGACAUUUCAAACACAACAGAUGAUAACCGGAAGCGUCUGGUAUACAAAGAUUACAACUUCAACAUAUCCAUGUUUUGGGCACCAUAUUUGGUCAAAACUGGCAUCACUUUCAAUGAGAAUAAUGUUAACCCAUUCAAUCUAUAUCUAGAUGAAUUUGAUGAAUCCUGGACAACAAAGAUUGGAGCUUUUGACUUUGUAAUUAUUAAUGCUGGCCACUGGUUUUUCCGUCCUACAAACUUUUAUAUAGACCGUCACCUCGUUGGCUGCCUCUAUUGUCGAGAAACCAAUGUAACCCACAUGGCGAAAGACUUCAGCUAUAGAUGGGCUCUAAGAACGGCAUUUCGAGCAAUCAAUAGUUUGGAAAAUUUCAAGGGAGUCGCAUUCUUGAGGUCAUUUGUCCCACAACACUUCGAACAUGGUAGUUUUGACCAAGGCGGAGAAUGUGUGAGGACGGAGCCAUUUCAGCGGAAUGAUACCAUCUUGAACAAAAUUGAGAUAGACAUGUAUGAUAUUCAGAGGCAAGAGUUUAGAAUUGCAAAGGACGAAGGGACGAAAAAGGGGGUGAAAUAUAGAUUGUUUGACGUAACACAUGCGAUGAGGUUGAGACCAGACGGGCACCCUAAUAAAUACGGUCACUGGCAGAAUCCGAAUGUCACCAUGUUUAAUGACUGUGUGCAUUGGUGUUUGCCCGGGCCGAUUGAUUCGUGGAGUGAUAUCUUCAUGGAGUUGUUGAAGAGGGAGAUUGAAGGCCAUGAGUAACGGGAUGCCACAAAUUUGACUUGGCAAACAACCCUCACUGGCCGUGCUCAACGCUUCCUGAGGAGCUGAAGUUUUACUUGAGUUGAAUAGAUGGAUACAAUAUGUGCAAUCUCAAAUAGUUUGGGGAUACCUGUAAGGCAGGCUGUAACAUGUAACAAUAUGUUUGUGGAUUCUUAUUCGGAAAUUUCUAUCGUGGUGGUAUAAGAAGUUCUAUUAUUUGCAUUUUAAUCCAUGAAAAUGAGGAUGUAAAAUUUUAAAAUAUCACUAAAAGUUUGCCAAGAUAUAAAGAUGUAUUGACUAUUGAGAACUGCACAUCGGAGGUUCCACAAGGGGAGACCACCCUCUUUUCUUUGAUAGAUCAUUAUUGGCUUCUGCAACCACGCCUCCGCUGACAAAGAAGAUGAUGCACGAUGAAUCACAGAAGAUUGCUCCUACAAAGCUAACCUGUGGAACUGGAUAGUAUAAUGGAGAAACUAGUUCGAACUAAGCUAGGUGUAAUGGAAGAUUUAGAAUUGAUAGAUGAUAGAGAAGAUGAAGUAGAAUAGUUUUGAUCUCAACAUAUAUUGUUUACAGACUAUUACAUUCCUUUAUAUGCUAAAUUGAAAAAGAAUUGUAACUAACAGAUUUUAAUAGGAUCUUGGUUUGCUGAUGUGGCUAAUUGGUUAUCUAAUUUUGAGUUGCACAGCAUCAUA